CUAUUAUCAAAUAAAAAGAAUGAAUGACAAAAUGUUAUUAAUACUGUCACUUAUCAUGUUUAUUACGACAGUGAAGAGCUUAUCUGGUCUUGGACCGACGCGACGGACGACAACAAAAUCUAAUGGAAACACCAUCUUAGAGCUGUGUCGAUUACAUCCAAUGUUAUGCAAAACAAAGUUUAAAAACAUGUUUACGCAUGAUAAUAAAUACGCAAUGCAAUUAUUGAAAAAGUUGAUCGAAGCCCAGAAGAAAGCAAAGAUGGCUAGAGACGCUGCUGGAAAGCAGAACUUAUUUAACACAAAGCGAAAGCCUCUUAUUACCACGGUUGUGAAAUCAAAAAACGUUUUUCUACUAAAACAGAAUAAGGUAUUGGCUACGUUUGAUGUGAUAGCAAAAGUAAGAAGAAGCUUACGAUAGAAGUUUUAUAAUCAAUAUUCUGACCUUCUUGUCUUGGUUGUUAUCGCUGGCGAUAAUUCCAGAAUUAUUUACAAAUAUUUAAUAAUUUAUUGUAGUGCUUUUUUUGUCUUCUAAGUUAUGAUAUUCUUAAAUAUUAUUAAAAGUUAAUUUUGACAGCAUCAAAUGGUAUUGUUUAGUUAAAAAGAUAUAUUAGAGCCAUGCGUUUUUUCAUAUUUGUUUUUAAAGGUGUAUGGUAUUUUUUUUUCUUGAUUUUCUUCAUAACGCUACCAUUGAUAGGCUUCACCUCAUUACAUUCUGCACUUUUCAGAAAGAAAUACUUUACCACAUUAUAACAGCCAGUUGCUAGUUGAGACAGCUCUGGUUGUUAAAACCAAAGCAAGAGUCAUAAGUAAUAAUUUUCAAGGCAUCUUUUUAAAAUAGAGAAUGUAAAAAAUCGUCAAUAAACCUUCAAUCUAUUUAUUUUAAAUUUUUUCAACACUUUGUGUUAUAUUGUGAUGUAAAAGCUAAGUGAAAGCAAUCCACAAAUAUGUAAGAAAUAAUUAUUUCCUUUAUGCAUUACUUUCCACACAACCACUAAUAAAUUAAGGUUUCAAAGCUGUUUGUUUGCAAAGAAGAUGCAUUAGAUGAUUUACCUUUGUAUAUUGCAAAACCUGUUUUGUUAUGAGCAUUUGCUGAUUUUUUCAUUACACUUCUACGGCUAAUUAAUUGUAGUGUCAUGUAAUAAAAUUUGUGAAGCUGGUGCUAGA